AUGGAGAAGCAGAAAACCGAAGAGUCCUUCAUCAGCGACAUAGCUGCAGAAAGUGAGGUCGGGAUCCCUGACCCCAAAGAAAUCCGAAAUUGGCGAAUCUACAUCUAUUGCAUUGGUGUCUGUUUCGGCGCCGUCGCGCUCGGAUACGAUGUCUCUGUAAUGGGCGGGACGCUGAUUCUUCCCUCAUUUGAGGAAGAAUUUGGCCUCAACAACAAAAGCCAGAAAGCAGUCGAUGAUUUAACCUCCAACAUCGUGUCCUGCUUCCAAGCAGGCAUGUUUUUCGGCGCUCUCGCUUCUCACCCCAUUUCAGACCGCUGGGGGCGCAAGUGGUGUAUGACAAUCGCCGCCAGCGUCUUCAUGAUCGGUGCAUCCCUGCAAACUGGUUCUCCUGGUCUCGUCGGUCUCAUCAUGGGUGGUCGAGCGGUCGCUGGGCUUGGUAUCGGAGCUGCAGCCCCCGUUAUUCCAGUGUAUAUCGCCGAGGUGGCUCCGCCUUCGAUUCGCGGCAAGUUGAUUGGCUUUUUCGAGAUCGGUUCCCAGGGUGCCCAGAUGCUGGGCUUUUGGGUCAACUACGCCGUCAACAAGACAAUUAGCCCCGACAAGCUGCGUGAGAUCCGCGCAGAGGUUGAGUUUGAAGCCCACCUGAACUCUAUCAACCCUGGAUUCAAGGGCAAGCUCAAGGACCUUUUCAAGAAAGGCAUUCGAAACCGUCUAGCUAUCGGUCUUUGCCUUAUGAUGUGCCAGAAUAUGACUGGCGUCAACAUCAUCACAUAUUACUCACCUCGCAUCUUUGCAACCCUUGGGAUCCAGUCGACCGACCUCAAGCUUUUUGCCACUGGAUUCUAUGGAGUGGCAAAAACGCUCGGCAUGGUCAUCUUCUCCUUCUGGGUCGCGGAUCACCUCGGCCGUCGCAAGGGACUGAUCUGGGGAGCUUUUGUUGGAGCCGUACCAAUGCUCUAUCUUGGCGGCUAUGUCAUGAAGAAUGAUCCCGAAGCCGUGGCGGCCGCUGGGGAAACAAACAUGUCCGGCUGGGGUUACCUUGCUAUGGUGUGCGUGUAUCUUUACGGCGUCAUUUACUGUGCUACUUGGCAAGGUAUCACGUGGCUAUACGCCUCAGAGAUCUACCCGCUGUACCUCCGUUCCCUCUGCAUGGCCCUGACGAUUGCUGAUGAGCGUCUGUGGUCUUAUGUGGUGUCGCGUGCAACCCCAUACAUGAUUUCCGACAUUGGCUAUGGCACUUAUUUCUUCUUCGGUGCUUUGAUGGUCUGCAUGGGCUUCUGGGCUUGGUGGUGCAUCAGGGAGACCAAAGGUAUCCCGAUCGAGGAGAUGGAUGCCCUGUUUGGAGCACCCCACGCCGCAGAGAUCACAAACGACUUUGAGAAGAAGAAGAAGAAGGAGGAGGAGGCCUAG